GGUUGCUAUGAGACCUGCUCCAGGAGAGGACCAGCAGCCAGCCCGCUGCUGAUGGUUCUUACACUAAACCUUUCCUGUGACACAGUUUUAGAGUUGUUUAAUAUCCGAGCAAGCACCUACACCGGUGACUUUAUCCACCUUUUUUUUUUUUUUUUUUUUUUUUUUCUCUCUGUCUCUCCUUUGGUCCCUCCAGUAAGAUGGAGGUAGAAAAUGAAGCCAGCUGCGGGUCCAGGGAAUACAAGGUGGUAAUGCUGGGAGCAGGGGGAGUUGGUAAAAGCGCAGUGACAAUGCAGUUUAUUAGCCACCAGUUUCCAGAGUAUCAUGACCCCACCAUUGAAGAUGCCUACAAGACCCAGGUGAGGAUCGACAAUGAGCCAGCUUAUUUGGACAUCUUGGAUACUGCUGGCCAGGCAGAGUUCACCGCCAUGCGGGAGCAGUACAUGCGUGGGGGCGAGGGCUUCAUCGUCUGUUACUCUGUCACUGAUCGCCAGUCCUUCCAGGAGGCUGCCAAGUUCAAAGAGCUCAUUUUCCAGGUGCGCCGCACCUAUGAGAUCCCUCUGGUGCUGGUGGGCAACAAAAUUGAUCUGGAACAGAAUCGCCAGGUCUCCACAGAAGAGGGAGUGAGUCUUGCCAGAGAAUACAACUGUUCUUUCUUUGAGACCUCUGCAGCCCUUCGAUUCUGUAUUGAUGAUGCUUUCCAUGGCCUAGUGAGGGAAAUUCGCAGAAAGGAGUCCAUGCCAACCUCGAUGGAAAAGAGACUGAAGAGGAAAGAUAAUCUGUGGAAGAAGCUAAAAUGUUCACUGAAGAAGAAGAAUAGAGAAAACAUGGCAUGAUAUCCAUGUUUCUGAUUCUCUAUCUCCCAUCCCUCUUUUUCCUCUCUAGAUUUUUCAGUUAAACAAUUCCAGAUAUAGUGUUCAGCUCCAUUAUUCUUUAUGUCUCUUUCAAACAAAAAAAAUCUACUGAUGGGUAAAAGUAAUA